AAUCAUUUGUAUAAGAAAAAAUGAAUCAACAAAACAACAAACCGAUCGCUAUUGUAGAACCUUAUAAUCCUGAGGAUGACCUGCCUGAAGAGGAGAGGAGAAAAAUAGAAGAACAAAGAGAAGUUAGAGAAAGAAUUCAGAAUUUAUUUUUUCGGCCAAUUGCUCCACCACCAGAAGCAAUUGUAGAAGAUGAAGAUGAUGAUGAUGAUGAUGAUGAUGAUGAUGAUGAUGAUGAUGAUGAUGAUGAUGAUGAUGGUGAUGUACCACAAGUAGCACAACCAAAUUAUGAUCGCAAUAUACCUGUAGUUUGUAAUAAUUUAAUAUUUAUUUAUUUUGUUUUAUUUGUUAUUUAUUUAGUUAUUGCCUUAUUUUGUUUUAUUUGUUAUUUAUUUGUUAUUUAUUUAGUUAUUGCCUGUGCUUCGCUCCUUUAAGUUAUUUAUUUAGUUAUUGCCUUAUUUUGUUUUAUUUGUUAUUUAUUUGUUAUUUAUUUAGUUAUUGCCUGUGCUUCGCUCCUUUAAGACCGCGAAGACCUUGUUGCCACCGUCGUUGCGGGUUGCAGGGAGCGUGCACAGGCUGUUGCAUAUGCACAACCAACACAAUUGACGCAAUCAGACAGGCAAUGCAAGAGAAAAUUGCUAUUAAACGGAGAUAUUGGCUUGAUAACCCAAUGCCCAAUAUUUUUUUUUUUUUAAGAUUGUAGAAGAUGAAGAUGAUGAUGAUGAUGAAGAUGAUGAUGAUGAUGAUGAUGAUGAUGAUGAUGAUGAUGAUGAUGAUGAUGAUGAUGAUGAUGAUGAUGAUGAUGAUGAUGAUGAUGAUGAUGAUGAUGAUGGUGAUGUACCACAAGUAGCACAACCAAAUUAUGAUCGCAAUAUACCUGUAGUUUUACCGUCCAUUGAAUCAGUUUGCUUAGGCUGCUGCCUGUGCUUCGCUCCUUUAAGACCGCGAAGACCUUGUUGCCACCGUCGUUGCGGGUUGCAGGAAGCGUGCACAGGCUGUUGCAUAUGCACAACCAACACAAUUGACGCAAUCAGACAGGCAAUGCAAGAGAAAAUUGCUAUUAAACGGAGAUAUUGACUUGAUAACCCAAUGCAAUAUCAAGAUUGAUAUCCAUUGGG